AUGCCUUUCAUCCAAGAGGCCACUAGCCAGGCCGACCCCACCAGCCAGCCGAUUGCCAUCAUCGGUAUUGGUCUGAGAGCUCCCGGCGAUGCUUCUGACCCGGAGAAGUUCUGGCAGAUGCUCGUCGAUGCGCGCUCUGCACGCUCCGAGAUCCCCAAGGACCGUUACAAUGUCGACGGCUUCUACCACCCCGACCCUGAGAGGCUGGGCAGUAUCCAGCCCAGGCACGCCCACUUUCUCAAGCAAGACUUCAAGGUCUUUGACGCCCCCUUCUUCUCCGUCACACCCAAAGAGGCCAAGGCCAUGGACCCCACACAUCGCAUGCUUUUGGAAGCCACCUACGAAGGCUUUGAGAAUGCUGGACUGAGACUGGAAGAUGUUUCAGGGACACAAACUUCAUGCUACAUCGGUACCUUUACCGGUGACUUUCCUAACCUGCAAGCCCGUGAUAACGAGGGACCAUCCAUCUACCACGCUACUGGAUUGUCUUCUUCCCUGGCCUCAAAUCGCCUGUCAUGGUUCUACAACCUGAGAGGACCUUCUAUGACUAUCGAUACUGCUUGCUCGUCAAGUUUGACAGCCUUCCACCUGGCUUGCCAGAGUAUUCGUACCGGAGAGGCGGAAAUGAGUGUCGUCGCCGGCGCCAACCUCAUGUUCGGCCCGGACAUGUCCAUUCUCCUUGGAGCCGCCAAGAUUCUCUCUCCCGAGGGAAAGUCCAAGAUGUGGGACGCCAACGCCAACGGUUUCGCCCGUGGUGAAGGUUUCGGCGUUACCAUUCUGAAGCCCCUCGAUGCCGCCCUCCGCGACGGCGACACCGUUCGUGCCGUCGUGUUGGCGUCGGCAGCCAACGAGGACGGCAGGACACCUGGUAUCUCUCUGCCCAACAGCGAGGCCCAGCAGGCUCUUAUCCGCACGGCGUAUCGCAACGCUGGCGUCGACCCGGCGGAGACGGGCUACGUUGAGGCCCACGGCACUGGUACCCAGGCCGGUGACCCCUUGGAGGCACGCGCCAUCCUGAACACCAUCGGCGACCAGCCCGGUCGCAAGUCUGAGCUCUAUGUGGGUUCAGUCAAGACCAACAUCGGACACUUGGAGGGUGCUGCCGGUGUCGCUGGUGUCAUCAAGGCCGCUCUCGCCAUCGAGAGGGGUCUCAUUCCCCAGAACCUCUGGUUCGAGGAGCUCAACCCCCAGAUCGAGCUUCCUGAUAAGGUCAAGAUUCCCCAGACUCUGACCGUCUGGCCCAGCACUGGGCCUCGGAGAGCCAGCAUCAACUCCUUCGGAUUUGGAGGUGCCAACGCUCACGUUAUUCUUGAGGACGCUGCUUCUUACCUCUUCCGCCAUGGCCUCCCCGGACGCCACGCCACCGUCUCUCGCCCUCUCCUCCCCAAGUCUUCCACCUCCGACGAUGGUACCGGAAGUACCGCCAGCGAGACAGAGCCCACUCCCAAGCUCAUUGUCCUUUCUUCCAAUGACCAGGAGGGUGUCAAGCGCAACGUCGAGCGUCUAAGUGAAUAUCUCGAGACCAAGACCUCAACAUCAUCCACCUACAUGAACGACCUCGCUUACACUAUGGCUUCCAAGAGGACCGCUCUGCCAUGGAAGUCUUUCGCCAUUGCUUCUGACGUUGCCACUCUGCAGGAGAACUUGGACACCAUCCCCGCCGUCAUCCGCUCUUCAAACUCCACUGUUCCCCGUGUCGCCUUUGUCUUCACCGGCCAAGGUGCCCAGUACUUCAAGAUGGGCAAGGGUCUGUCCGUCUACAAGGUGUUCCGCGACAGCAUGCUCCGCUCUGAGACCGUCCUGAAGGCUCUUGGCUGCACAUGGAACCUGACCGAGGAGCUCAGCCGCCCUGAGGCCGAGUGCAACCUGCGCUUCGCUGACUACAGUCAGCCCGCCUGCACUGCUUUGCAGGUUGCGCUUGUUGACCUCAUGAAGUCCUGGGGAGUUUUGCCAGUCGCUGUUGUUGGUCAUUCUAGCGGUGAGAUCGCUGCUGCGUACUGUGCCGGUUACAUCGACCAUGAGGCCGCCGUCAAGAUUGCCUGGUUGAGAGGUCAGGUUUCCAAGACUGUCUCCCAGGAGGGCGGCAUGUUGGCCGUUUCUGCUAGUGCCGAGAGCAUCAGCGAGCACCUUGAGUCUCUCAAGAAUGGCAAGGCUAUCGUGGGCUGCUACAACAGCCCCAAGUCGUGCACUGUGUCUGGUGAUGGCACUGCCAUCGACGAACUCCAGGAGGUCCUGAAGGAGGCUCAGAUUCCUUGCACGCGCCUGGGCAUCGACGUUGCCUACCACUCUUUCCACAUGGAGGCCGCCAGACAAGCCUACGAGUCUGCUCUUGCCGGCAUUCCCCACAGCUCCUCUGAUAUUCCUCUCUUCUCUUCCGUUACGGGCGAGGUUGUUGAGCCGGAGCAGAUGCAGCCCUCUUACUGGGUUGACAACCUGGUCUCCCCGGUUAACUUCGUCGGCGCCGUUCGCUCGCUGCUGCAUCACACCCAGGGCAAGGCCAAGUCUCACGACAGAUCGGCUUUCGCCAGCGUCUUCGUCGAGCUUGGUCCUCACUCUGCCCUGAGAAGCUACCUCCUGGACACCUUUGCUACCGAGGACCGCUUCUCCGACUUGUCUUACGCCACCGUUCUCAGACGCAAGUUUGACGGUGUCCAGACUGCUUUGGAAGCCGCUGGUCAGCUUUGGGCCAAGGGAUGUGUCGUCGAUGUCAACAGAGUCAACGAGAUCAGCGACAGCCCCAACAUGCUGGUUGACCUUCCUCCUUAUGCUUGGAAUCACACACGUGCGUUCUGGGACGAGUCGUACCUUAGCCGCGAGUACAGACUUAGGGAGAAGCCCCGCACCGAUCUUCUCGGCUACCGCAUCCCCGGUACCCCCGAUCCUACCUGGCGCAACUUCCUUCGUUGCAAUGAGAACCCCUGGAUCCGCGAGCACAAAGUGCAGGGUGACAUUCUCUACCCCGGUGCUGGUAUCGUAGUCAUGGCCAUUGAGGCGGCUCGCCAGCUUGCCGAGGAGCACGCUGAGGAGGAAGUCUUCGGAUACGAACUCCGUGAUGUUGCCAUCGACACUGCUCUCAGAGUGCCUGACACCGACAAGGGUAUCGAGGUCAUGAUUCAGCUGCACCCCCGACGCACUGGAACCAAGGCUGGCCCUUCUGCCACUCUCAACGAGUUCGCCGUCUCCUCUUGGUCCGAGGAGAUCAAGGAGUGGACGGUCCACGCCCGCGGUCUGGUCUCUGUCACUUACAAGUCUUCAUUGUCUCCCGCCAUGCAGCGCGAGCUGGCACUUGAGAACGAGCGCUACGCCAAGUCCUUCGCCGACGCCAAAGAGAUCUGCCAGAAGCCCGCCCGCAGCUUUCUCUACGACACCGUCGAGACCAUUGGCAUGCAGUAUGGCCCGACUUUCCGCAACAUGACUGAGCUGUUCGCCGGUCCCAACUCCAGCUACGGUGUUAUCAGCGUUCCUGACACCAAGGCCGUCAUGCCCAAGGGCUUCGAGUACCCUUCCGUCGUCCACCCGGCUACUCUCGACUCCGUCCUUCACCUGCUGUUCCCUUCCAUCAGCGGAGAGGAUCAGUCUCUUAGCGAGGCCGUUGUUCCUUUCUCCUUCGACCGCAUUUUUGUGUCCGCCAAGCUUUCUUCCGUGCCCGGAACCAAGCUGCAUGGUUGCUCCACCGCCCAGAAGACCAGCUACACCACCUGGAAGUCUUCCAUCACCAUCUCUGAGGACCAGUCGGAGCCCAUGAUUAUCAUGGACGGUGUUUCUUUGGCGUCGGUUGGUGAGGGAGAGGCGUCUCAGUCCCAGGAGACCAGGGCUUCUUGCUUUGGUCAGUACUGGCACGAGGAUGCCGACCUUCUUGAGCCUGCUCAGAUCAAGGAGCUCGUCUACAAGCGCACACUCAAGAGCAAGGACGACGACUCUGUGCUUGACAAGCUUGAGUAUGUCUGCUUGGUCUACAUCUACCGCUGCCUCGCAUGGUUGGAGAGCGAGGAGGGCAAGGCACACGUUCCCCAGGACGGAUUCUGGAAGCUCUACGUUGAGUGGAUGCACGAUACCAUUAAGCAAUUCCCUCCUCUGUCCGAGAACGAGGCCGAGGUUGAAGCUGAGAUGGAAGCUUGCCGCAAGAGGAUCGUCCUCUCUGACAGUGGUGACAUUACUGUCCAGAUGGUGGACCGUAUCGGUCAGAACUUGGGACGCAUCUUCUCCCACGAGGUCGAGCCCCUUCAGGUCAUGACUGAGGGCGACCUCCUCUACACGUUCUACCGCGGCGCCUUCGGUACCAGCUUCAACACCAACGUUGCCGAGUACGUUGGUCUCAUCGCCGACAAGAGCCCUGGACUGAAGAUCCUGGAGAUUGGUGCCGGCACGGGUGGUACUACAUACCACGUUCUUGAGCGUCUUCGCAAUGCCGACGGAUCUUCCAAGGCGUCCAAGUACACUUUCACGGAUAUCUCUCCCGGUUUCCUCGCCAAGGCUGCCGACCGUUUCUCUACCGAUGCCUCUAUUAUGGAGUUCACUACCCUGAACAUCGAGAAUGAGCCUACCGAGCAGGGCUUUACCCAUGAGACAUACGACCUCAUUGUCUGCGCUAAUGUUCUCCACGCCACCAAGAGCAUCCAGGAGACUCUUGAUCACUGCAAGUCUCUGCUCAAGCCCGGUGGUCGCCUCGUUCUAUCUGAGGUUACUAUCAAGCGCAUUUUCUCCGGCUUCAUCAUGGGUCCUUUGCCGGGAUGGUGGCUUGGAGAGGAGGACCACCGCAAGGGAGGUCCUCUUCUUGAUGUCGACGAGUGGCAGACCGCUCUCAAGCUGGCUGGAUUCUCUGGUGUUGAUGUUGACAUCCGCGGUGACCGUGAGGCUUCCAAGGAGCCCGUCUCCCUGAUCAUCUCCACCAAGCCUGCCAAGGAGGUCGCUGGUCCUUCUGAGUUUGUUGUCAUCAGCACUGGUUCUGAGAGCUCCGACAAGCUUGCCGUAGCGAUUCAAUCUCAAUUCGCCAGUGCCGGUCAGAAUAUCUCGGUUGCCCAGUGGAACACCAUCUCCGAGGAGCAAGUCUCCGGAAAGUACUGCCUGUCCCUCGCUGAGUGGGAGAGCCCCAUUCUUGCCAAUCUUACCGAUGAGAACUGGGAGAAGCUUCGCCAAGUCAUCUUGAGCUCUGCUGGAACUCUCUGGAUCACUGGUGGUGCGGCCAUGGACUGUCCCGACCCGAUGAAGUCCCUGAUGGUUGGUCUCGCCAGAGCUAUUCGCAAUGAAGACGCCGGUGUCCGCCUUGCUACCCUCGAUCUCGAGACUUCCGACAAGAUCACCAUCGAGACCGCUGCCAAGAACGUUCUCAAGGUUGCCUUCGAGCAUGCCCGAGGCGACGGUUUCGAUGGCGAGUACGCCGCUCGUGAGAGCCUCGUCUACGUUCCCCGCGUCGAAAGAACUCUCAAGGUCGACGGUUCCCUCCGCAAGUACGAGGCCAAGGGCCGGCCUGAGCUCGUCUCUUUCAAGGGCUGCGGACGUCCCCUCAAGCUUACCAUCAAGACCCCUGGUCUCCUUGACACCUUCCGAUGGGAGGAGGACGAGACCUACUACCAGCCCAUGCCAGAGGACUGGAUCGAGAUCGAGGUCAAGGCCGUCGGUCUCAACUUCAAGGAUGUUCUCGUUGCCCUCGGCAACCUUGCUGAGAAUAAGCUUGGUGUCGAUGCCUCCGGUGUUGUCACCCGCGUCGGAUCUGCUGUCACCGACUUCAAGGCUGGUGACCGUGUCAUGACCGCUUCCUGCGACACUUUCGCCACUUACGUUCGCUUCCCUGCCAAGGGCGCAAUCCCGGUCCCUGAGCAUAUGAGCUUCGAAGAGGCUGCUUCCAUGCCCCUCAUCUUCCUGACUGCCUACUACUCUCUCGUCACUGCUGGUGCGCUCUGCAAGGGCGAGAAGAUCCUGAUCCACGCCGCCGCCGGAGGUGUCGGUCAGGCUGCCAUCAUGAUCGCCCAGCAGAAGGGAGCCGAGAUUUUCGCUACCGUCGGCCCCGAGGAGAAGAAGCAGCUCAUCAUGGAGCAGUACGGCAUCCCUGAGGACCAUAUCUUUAGCAGUCGUGACACCAGCUUCGCCAAGGCCAUCAUGCGCGCCACUAACAACCAGGGUGUGGAUGUUGUCCUCAACUCCCUCGCCGGCGAGGCUCUUCGUCUCUCCUGGCACUGCCUGGCCAAGUUCGGACGUUUCCUCGAGAUUGGUAAGGCCGACCUCUUCGCCAACACCGGUCUCGACAUGAAGCCCUUCCUUGACAACAAGAGCUACAUUGGUGUCAACCUCCUCGACUUCGAGAACAACCCCACUCCUCGUGCCGUUGCUCUCUGGGAGGACACUGCCAAGCUCAUCCACAACGGCUCCGUCAAGCCCAUUGCCCCUAUCCAGCUCUUCACCAUGGCCGAGGUUGAGAAGGCUUUCCGCUACAUGCAGGCGGGUAAGCACAUGGGCAAGGUCGUUGUGCGCGUUGACGAUGCGGACAUGGUUCCUGCUGUGCCUCGCACUCCUCGCGUUGACAUCCAGGCCGAUGCUACCUACGUCGUCUCUGGUGUCGGUGGUAUCUGCAAGGAGAUUGGUCGUUGGUUGGCCGAGAAGGGUGCCAAGCACUUGGUCCUUCUCUCUCGUUCUGCUGCCAGCAGUGAGGAGAACAAGGCCUUCGCUUCUGAGCUCCAGCGUACCUACGAGGCCAACACCUACGCUUACGACUGCGAUGUUGGCAAUAAGGCUGCUCUGCAGCAGGUUUUGGCCGACCUCAAGUCUAAGAACGUCCCUGAAAUCAAGGGAUGCGUCACCGGUGCCAUGGUCCUUCGUGAUACCCUCUUUGACAAGAUGACGGCGGACCAUGUCCGAACCACCGUCGGCCCCAAGGUCCACGGCACCUGGAACCUUCACGAGCUGCUCCCUCGUGACCUUGACUUCUUCGUCAUGCUCAGCUCUCUGGCCGGUGUCAUGGGUCACCGCGGACAGGGCAACUACGGCUGCGGCAACAUCUUCCAAGACUACUUCGCCUCUUACCGCCGCAGCCUGGGUCUGCGCGCCAUGACAAUCGACAUCGGCUACCUCCUCAGUGUCGGCUUCGUCGCCGAGCACGACGAGUACGUCGACCACGUCAAGGCCAUGGGUCUCAAGGUCAUGCACAAGAGCGACCUCCACGGCCUCAUGGCGACCGCCUUGGAGGGCACAGACGCCCACCCGCCCCAGGUCAUGUGCGGUCUGCCCUUCAACGAGCACGACGACGCCUGGUACUGGAUCCAGGACCAGCGCUUCGCCGGUCUCCGCAAGACGGCUGCUGGUGCUGGGGCCGCGGGCGGAGCUGCCAUCUCCUUGCGUGACGAGCUUUCCCGCUGCGGAAAGGUGGAUGACGAGGCUGUGCAUCUGAUUACUUCCGCGCUGGUGCAGCGCUUGGCCAAGUUGAUGAUGAUGCCCGAGGACGACGUUGAUGCCGGCAAGCCCCUGAGCGCUUACGGUGUUGAUAGUCUAGUUGCGGUUGAGGUGCGCAACUGGAUUGCGAAGGAGGUGGCGGUGGAGGUCAGUGUGUUUGACAUCAUGGCGAACAUUCCCAUGAGACAGCUUGCCGCGGAUUUGGCGGGCAAGAGCAAGCUCUUGGUUCAGGAGUCUUCAUAA